AAGUUUGAGCUCAUACUUUCCCAAAGACGGCUCUUUUGUUAAUAGAAAGUUUAACCACAGAAGUAGGUAGUAGGGAGGAUGUUUUCAAAGUAUGUCGACUUACUAAGUUUUUACUACAUAGUCUUCAUUGUGGUUUGGAAUAGGCAUGUGGUUUCAUUUUCAGACAUCAGGUCCCUUCCUGGAUUUUCUGCUUCACUUCCCUUCAAGCUUGAAACUGGGUACAUAGGGGUGGGAGAUGUGGAAUUUUUCUAUUAUUUUAUUCAAUCAGAACGUGACCCUUCAAAAGAUCCUCUCAUCCUAUGGCUCACUGGAGGUCCUGGUUGCUCUGCUCUCUCUGGCCUUUUUUUCGAAAUAGGGCCCUUGCAAUUUAACAUGGUGGAGUAUAAUGGCAGCUUACCAACUUUUGUUCUCAACCCUUACUCAUGGACAAAGGUUGCAAAUAUAAUCUUCCUAGACGCACCUGUUGGCACUGGAUUUUCUUAUUCAACGACAUUGCAAGGUUUUGAGACAGGGGAUAAAAGAUUUGCUAAUGAUGGGUAUAAUUUUCUGAGGAAGUGGUUGCAAAGUCAUCUCAAGUUCAUCACAAACUCACUCUAUAUUACCGGUGAUUCAUACGCUGGGAAAAUUGUUCCCAUCAUUGUUCAUGCAAUAUCAGAUGGUAUCGAAGAUGAGAGCGUUCCAGCCUUCAAUCUCAAAGGGUAUUUGGUCGGUAAUCCUUCAACGGGUUCGAAAUAUGAAGACAACUCAAAAAUCCCAUUUUAUAAUCGUAUGGCACUUAUCUCUGAUGAACUUUAUGAGUCAGCCAAAAGGAAUUGUAAAGAAGAAUACGUAGAAGUGGAGAUGAGUAAUGUAAAAUGUGCAAAAGAUCUUCAAGCUAUCUCGGAGUGCAUUGCCUACAUAAACAAGCCACAUAUCCUGGAGCCUCACUGCCCUUCUGAGUUUAAUACACCGAAUAGUUUGGUCAAUGAAAGGAAAUACUUCCUAGAAACACGUGAAGAAGACUACCUGCAGGCGCCUGCCGAGUACCCUAAAUUCGGAUGUCGAAACUACAAUACUUACCUUUGCAAGAUUUGGGCAUCUGAUGAUGGUGUCCAGCAAGCACUUGGUAUCAGAAAGGGAACAAUCAGAGAAUGGAUAAGAUGUAAUGAAAACUUACUUUAUGAUAAAGAUGUUGGGAGUGUUGUAGACUAUCAUUUAUCUCUCAAUACAGAGGGUUACAGGGCUCUAAUAUACAGUGGUGAUCAUGACACAGUUGUUCCCUACGUUGGAACCGAAUCAUGGGUUAAGUCCUUGAAUUUGUCCAUUGUUGAUGAUUGGAGGCCAUGGUUUGUUGAUGAUCAAGUUGCAGGAUACUCGAGAGAAUAUGGAAAUAACUUCACAUUUGCAACUGUAAAGGGAGGAGGUCACACGGCUCCAGAGUUCAAACCGAAGGAAUGUUUUGCAAUGUUCAGUCGAUGGAUUUCCAAACAAGCUUUAUGAUAAAUUGCUCCAUCUUAAUUCCCCGGGAUCUGUCUCAGCACUUUUGGGUUUUCUUAUGCCAUUUCAAAUCUGUAAACAACGGAGGUUUCAUGCUACAAAUUCAUAAUAAACGAAGCUGAUAUAUUAGACCAAAUUAUAUAUGGCAAAUAUAAUCAAAGGUCUUUAUAUAAACAUUCA